CGCUCGUGGUGUGACGUGAGCUGUAGCUUUAGCUACUCCGCACCAUCACGGAUUGUUAGCGUUUUUCUAACAUUUCUCACGAGGCUGAACUUGCACAUUUCUCUCUCUAAUCGAUAAUUGUGUCACUGGCGUAGAGGCGGUAUUUACAGUCUUUGUUCAGUGUGGCCUGAUCCAUUUGGGAAAUAACAAUGUAGCUUAGCUAUCGAUAUUAGAAACGGUAGGUCAACGUUAGCUGUUAGCUUUGUUAGCCACGCAGGCCCAGCUGUAUGUGAGCACAAUAGCCGUACAAACCUUAUCGCACUUUAACUAUGUAUCCCUCCUGGGGGGGCUAUGGUGCAUCUAAUUCGCAAAACUUUGGAGGCUCUGCGCCUCGUAAACCGCCGCCUGGCGGCCUCACAGGCCCGUCAGCGGGGUUCGGGGGCUUCGAGGCCUCAUCCAGCGGCUCGCUGUUCUUCAGCUUGCAGGAGCAGCACCUCCAGCAGAUGCAGCAACUGCAGAUGCUGCACCAGAAACAACUCCAGUCUGUGUUACACCACGGUAGUAGUACGACUGCGUACGCUGGUGGACACUCGGGCGGGUAUUCAGGGUGGCAAUCAGAAGGAUCAGGACCUUUAGACAGCGGUGCUGGAGUUCAUUCGUACUAUAAACAAGAAGAGACACCGGGUCCACCGCCGAGGGGUCCCCCUGUUCCCAAGACGGGCGCACAACCGCCUCCACCACAAGCGUACUCCACCGAGCCCCAACCGGUUCCCCCUCCUCCAGUGCUUCCGCCAUCAAAGCCACCGGAUAACAAUGAUGUUCCCAAAGCAAAAGAGGCUAACAAUAAGGAUUCGUCCACGAAAGAAGAUGACAAAUCCUUACCUUUGCAGUCUUACUGCGGCAGGGAAAAAGCUGUUGUAAAGUCUAGUUCUGUGUGCGAUGAUACUGUCCGCCCUGCUGUGCCUGAAGCGUCAGACUCCAACCUCUGUGCAGCAUCACUCGUCAUCAGAACAGCGGUCAGUGCAAGUGUUCAGGAGCAACAGCAGCUUUGGUACAAACAGCAUCUUCAGAAUCUACAGAAACUGAAGCAGGAGAAGGCCAAACAGAAUCAGAAGGAAGGCGAUGGUCCUGUAGCGCCACAACCCCCAGGCCAAGUAGUUCCUCCUCCUCCUUCAGAACCACUGAAAAACACACCUCCUCCACCCCCUCCAAAAGAGGAGCCCCCAGCAGCACCACCUCCACCACCUGAGGACCUACGGAAUGAAAAUGUAGGAAAACCACGUACAUUUACAGACACACCUGAAGUCCCACAAGACCCAGAGGAGGCUGCCCGCCUCCAGCAGUUACAGGCUGCAGCAGCGCAGUGGCAGCAGGUGCAACAGCAGCGAGCAGGCCUACAAUACCAGGCUCUCAUGCAACAGCAUGAAAAGCUUCAGCAUAUCCUGGAACAAUACCAACAGCUGAUUCAGCAACCUGCAGACCUUCAGUCAAGGUCUGCUGAAAUGCAGCUCCAGCACUAUGAAAUGCAACAGCAACAGUUCACCCCUUUAUUCCAAGACUGGAAUCGCUCCUUUGCCUUGUGGUAUGAACAGUUCCAGACCUAUCCCCACAAGGACCAACUACAGGACUAUGAACACCAAUGGAAGCAGUGGCAGGAGCAGAUGAAUGCCACCAAUACCCACCUUCAAGAGAGGGUGGCCACCCUGACUGCCAUGGUGCCAUUUGCUGCAAGUCAGUAUAAUAGUGGGAUCAUGGGGCCGUAUGGCCAGUACCCUGGACAAGACAUGCAAAUGCAACAGCAGUCACUAAACCCAAGUAUGCAGCAUUCCCCAGUUGCUGUUGGCCCCAGAUCUCAAGGUCCCCAGCCUCCUGGCUUUGGGCCACAUUCAGAAUUACCUGCUGUACCCCCAGUGAGAGGAGGUGAUCCUGCCGGCAUAGGAAUCAGACCCCCAGUUCCCCCCACUUCGCAGCCACUGAGUGGGCCACUAGGAAACAACCCUAGCAUUGACCAACCACAGCAGCGAUUUGAUGGUCCCCCUCGAUUUGAUCAACCAAUGCCACGCUUUGAUGGUCCCCCUCGAUUUGACCAACCAAGGCCCCGCUUUGAUGGUCCCCCCAGAUUUGACCCACCAAGGCCCCGCUUUGGUCCCCCCAGAUUUGACCAACCAAGGCCUCCCUUUGAUGGUCCCCCCAGAUUUGACCAAGCAAGGCCCCGUUUUGAUGGUCCUCCCAGAUUUGACCAACCUCAGUUUGGCCAGCAGCCUCGGUUUGACCAGCCCCCAAAGCACCCUGGCCCUCCACCUUGUUUUGAACUCCCACCUGGGCCCCAGCAAAAACAGCAUCAAGGUCCCCAACCUAAAACAGAGCCAGCCACUAAACAACCUCCCAGCGUGGAUUCCAAGACUCUAGGAAAAUCGGGCGAGCAGUCGCAGUCUGAAAAAGAAAAAAAAAGUGAAUCUGGAUCAGAAGAUAAGCCCAAUGAUGAAGACAUGACAAAUGACAACUUGCUUGGAAAUGAGAGUUUUUUUGUCCAAAAUGACCCCAUUCCUCAGACAUUAUCAACAACCACAAAUCCUGAGGAAUCCAGUGAUAUAAAUACAUCUCAAAGUAGUGAACCCAAACCUGUUAACGACAAGCCUUCCGUAACUGAUCCUCCUCCUGUAGUGUCAAAAGGUACUCCUGCCCAAAAUCCCCUCAGACAGGAUGGACCAUUGACAGAUAACAACCCCAAAGUGGUUCCAAAGCCCCUUGAAAUUCAUCAGAAGCCACAAGCUUCCAGCCAUGUGCAGUCAAGACCAGAGCCUCCAGGGCCUCCUCCUGGCAGGGGACGAGGUCAGCCUCCAGUACCUGCCCAAGAGCUUGGACGAGGACGUGGGCAGAGGGGCCGUGGAGAUUUCAGGGGACUAAACACUGUCCCGCUUGGGGAGGAGAGGGGAGACAUGUCUUAUGAUUACAUGCCACCUGAAGAGGACUCAGGGAUGACAGAAGAGCAGGAAGAGUAUCAGUGGCAAGAUCCUUCAUAUGAGGAUUUUGGUGCUGAGGAAUCAGAGGUUCCCCCUGAAGAAAUGUGGAUGCCAGAGGAAAAUUACUUCCAAACAGAGGAAGAGUAUUAUGAGGAGCCAAUAGAAGGACCACCGAUGGGGAGAGGAGGGCACCCGAUGAUGAGAGGAGGACCCCCUAUUCGUGGAGGCCCGCCUCUGGGGAAAGGAGGCGGUCCUCCAAUGGGAAGAGGAGGUCCACCUGUUGGUAGAGGGGUUCCCCCUAUGGGCAGAGGAGGACCACCCAUGGGCAGAGGAGGACCACCCAUGGGCAGAGGAGGACCAUCCAUGGGAAGAGGAGAACCAUUGGACAGCUACUGGGAAGAGCCUGAUUCAGCAGAGUACUCAGAGGAAGGGGACCCUUACUGGGGAGAAAUGAUUCCUCCAAUGAGAGGAAUGAGACCCCCGUUUCCACCUGGCAGGGGUCGUCCCCCUCGUGGGCAUCUUGGUUUCAUGCACCAUGGACGAGGACGUCCCCCUCACCCACCACAUGGGCAAGUGGAUCAUGAACAAAUAGGCCAUGGACUUGACACUGAUGAUAGCGAAAUGGAUCCUGCAGGGCACCCACUAUACCAUGGACGUGACCCACAUGGCCAUCCAAUGCAUCCUGAUAUAGGAAGAGGCAGGCGUCAUGUCCCGCUGCCACCUCACGAAUUGAUGGAUCAUAUGGAGGAGUACAAUGAAGGGAUGGAGAGAGAAUUGGGAUGGCAGCCUCCGCAUGGCAGAGGCAUUCCUCUGCUUCCACAUGAGAUAAUAGACAGGGGAGGAAUGAGGAGGAGACCUGUGGGUCGAGGAAUGGCAAGAGGUAUGUGGCGGCCAGGUCCAGCACGUGCAGAAUAUGAAGAGGGAUAUAAUGACGGUUAUGUUGAAGAUUAUGGUCAUGGGGAAGCCAAGCAUCGCUGGCGGCCACCGCAGGACUAUCCUCCUGAUGACUAUUCGCAUGAGGCUAUGUAUGAGUCAGACUGGGACAGAGAGCGUGCUCCUCCUGAGAGGGACUAUCCUCCUCGCGUACCACCACCAGAACCCUACAGAGAAGACUGCUGGCUAGAGGAUAGAGAAAGAGGUCGUUCAUAUUCAUAUGAGGAGCUUGACAGGGGAAGAGGAGAACUUCGAAUUCGUGAGUACAGGAAUGAGCCACCAUACCGACAGGAAGAGCCACCUUAUCCACCACCUCCAUCAGAAUGGGAUAGGCCUUCAAGACUUCCUCCACCACCAGACAGAAGGUAUCCUUCUGACCAUGAAGGUCACAGACCUCGCUAUGAGGAGCACAGGGAAGAGCCUCCUUUGGAUACACCUCCACGUCCACCCCCUGCUGUACCAAUCACAAACUUGGCUGAGAGCUCAGUUGAAGCGGGAUCACAAGGAGCAAGUGGAGCCAAUGUACUUGCCCUCUCUCAACGUCAGCAUGAAAUCAUCUUGAAAGCUGCUCAAGAGCUUAAACUUAUAAGAGAAUUGCAGGAGGGGAAGACCUCUGGUACUGAACCUCAAGCUGCACCAGCUGACAUCUUACCUGAGCUUCCCGCUGGUCUUCUUGGUUUGGAGAUCCCACCAGAUGUCAGAAAUGUUCUGAAGGGCAUGUCUGCAGUAGCACACACCUCUAAAACUGAUCCUGUGUCUUGGGACACAAAGCCAGCUGCCACAGAUUACCAGCCAGUUCUCCCUGCUGCACCAACAGCUCCACUGAUUCCUAAGACUGUGGAUUAUGGGCAUGGGCAUGAGCCCGGAACCACUGUUGAGCGUAUCUCUUAUGGUGAGAGAAUUGUGUUGAGGCCUGACCCAGUACCAUCAGACAGAGUUUAUGAAAAAGAACCUCUUGGUCUAAGAGAUCCUUACAGUAGAGACCUAUAUUACGAAAGACGGCCAGACCCCUACAUGGACCGACGGGAGUACAAUAGAGAGAGGGAUUUAUACAGAGAAAAGCUUCCACCUGAAUAUGAAAGAGAAAGAUUUGAGAGGGAGCGCUAUCCUCCAAGGGAGAUUGAUAACAGCACACAGUCCAUGGUUGAAGAAAGAGUUCCACUGGCACCUCCUCUGCGCUCAGGAUUCAGGGAUAGAGACCGGGAUCUACAGGAGAGAGAGCGAAGUAGCAGUCACGAUCGAGAUGAACUUUAUGGAAGGCCUGGCUUUGAUAGAUCUUCAUAUGACCGCACUGGACUUGAUCGCAGUGGACCUGAGCGUUACAGCCAUAGCCCCUCACCUUACAUGGACAGAAGAAGCUAUCCAGAGGACAGAGGGCCACCCACCGCACCACCUCUACCGCCUCCACCUCAGCCACCCCCACGAGUCGAGAAGAAGCCAGAAAUCAAGAAUAUUGACGACAUCCUCAAAUCACCUGGCAGAUUAUCUCGGCCUGAAAGGAUUGUCAUCAUAAUGAGAGGGCUUCCAGGAAGCGGGAAAAGCCACGUUGCAAAGCUCAUACGGGACAAAGAAGUCGAUUGUGGCGGUGCCCCACCAAGAGUUCUCGUUUUGGAUGACUAUUUCAUGACAGAGGUUGAGAAAGUUGAGAAAGACCCAGACACAGGAAAGAGGGUCAAAACCAAGGUUCUUGAGUAUGAGUAUGAGCCGGAGAUGGAAGACACCUAUCGGAGCAGCAUGCUUAAAACGUUUAGGAAAACCCUGGAUGACGGGUUUUUCCCCUUCAUCAUUUUAGACACUAUUAACGACAAGGUUAAACAAUUUGAUAAGUUCUGGAGUGCUGCUAAAACGAAAGGCUUUGAGGUGUAUCUGGCUGAAAUCACUGCAGACACUCACACUUGUGCAAAGAGAAACAUCCAUGGGCGCACACUUAAGGAUAUAAUGAAGAUGUCCAAUAACUGGGAGGCUUCGCCACGUCAUAUGGUGCGCUUGGAUGUCCGGUCCCUGCUUCAGGAUGCUGCUAUAGAGGAGGUUGAGAUGGAAGACUUCAAUCCUGAUGACGAGGCCACGGAACCCAAAAGAGAAGAGGAAGAAGAGAGUGAUCUGGGCUACAUUCCGAAAAGCAAAUGGGAGAUGGACACGUCGGAGGCAAAACUUGACAAGUUGGACGGUCUUGUGAGCGGUGGGAAGAGGAAACGUGAAGGUGAACACAUGGCAGGGCUGGAGGACUAUCUUCAGCUGCCAGACGACUAUGCCACACGCAUGUCCGAACCGGGAAAGAAAAGAGUAAUUGAGCAGAAGGAUGCGGAUCGAAAACGUGCUAUCGGCUUUGUCGUCGGUCAAACAGACUGGGAAAAAAUAACAGAUGAGAGCGGCCAGCUGGCCCAAAGAGCUCUCAACCGCACAAAGUAUUUCUAAGGCGAUCAUCUUAUCCCCCCCUUUUUUUCCUUCAUUGUAAGGCGUUUAGAAUGUGAAAACCCUGAAGCUUCCCUGUGGUGAAUCUUUACUCAUCAAGGUGAUGUCGCCAAUAGAUAUCACAUUUUUAGUUACUUUAUUGAUAAGGAUACAGUCUAGAUGUUUUUUUCUUGUUUUUAAACAGGCACACUGGCCAGUCACAAGUUAAUUUGUAGGUUGUAAUUUGUGUUAUUUCUGGUCAUGUACCCUGUAUUCACUCAUGUUUUUGAUGUUUUAUACUCCUAGUGUUCAUUGUACUGUAUACCUGUAGCACAUUCUCUUGGUCCAUACUGGAAAAUAGACAAUAAAGACUUCACAAAUUUA